AUGGAAAAACAGCCAAUCGCUUCAGCUCCACCAGAAUAUUAUCCAAUUGUGGUAUGCCACGUGGCAACAAUUAUUUAGAUUAAAGAUUGACUUUCAGCAACAACCACUUCCAUGUCAAAUAAUUGUAGUUCAACCAAACAAAACUGCUCCAAAAUUUGAAUCAUAUCAAGAAUUUUGCUUCAAAUGUCAGGUACAUUUUUAAUUAUUGCACAAAUUUUUCCAAAUAAAAUUCAAUGUUCUUCUAGCAAGUUGUUCAAACACGAGUGAAGCAUAAAUUCGGAUGUUGCUCAAUUCUAACUUUGCUUUUCGGACUCAUCAUAUUUGCUCCAAUUGCUCUCUUGUCUUGCUGUAAUUUUGUGAAAGACUCCCGACACUUUUGUCCAAAUUGUGAAACACUUUUAGCCACCAAAAAACGUUGA